AUGUCUGCGAACCGCGCCAAACAGGACGACACCUCUCCGGACAUGAUCUCGCUCGCCACCCUACCCUACGACCUGCUCCUGAACAUUGCACGGCAUUUAGAACUGCAUGAGAUACAUGCACUCCAGCUCAGCUGCAAAGCGCUGCACGGCUUCACCACCACGCGACCGGUGUACCGAAACCUUGCGACAGCGCUCCUCAAGCGCUGUCGCGCGCUCCCGCUCCAUGGCUUCCAACGCCUAUCGGACCUUACAGACGAGCAGCUCGUCGACGCCGUCAAUCAUGAAACCCGAUUAGAGACCGCAUGGCUCACCCGCGGCCCGCGCCCCUCGUCAUCGUCGCCGUACUUCAACACUGCCGAGGGUUCCACGACAGGAAACCGGAGUUGGUACAAGAUCAUCAGCGCACCGCCGAACGAGGAGGUUGCCUGGUUGUCCCCAAUCACCUCGAGCUACAGCCUGUGCGCAACAAAAAGCAGGAAAGUAGUGUGCUGGGAUGUCCACCGAGACGAAUGCCUUGCAGAAUGGGACCCACAGGAGCGCUGGGAGCUCUGGAAGUGCCGUGUCGAAUUUGAUAUUCGGACGGUGUUCUUUACGAUGGCCAAGAUUUUGCAGCGGUCAUUGGACGACCGAGUGAUGGAGUUUGUACUCAUGAAGCUCGAGUUUCCUGACAAGGGCGAGCCGAUUUUCUCUGAGCUCGCGAUGUUCAAGACGAUUGGUGUGGUCAUGAACGUCUUCCUGCUCGAUCCCUCAUCAUGUCUGCUCUCUGCAUUCGUGUGGGUCGCGAGCUCGAACACGAUCGGCCUCUACGCUCUGCUCGACUGGAGGAAAGAGGAGUACGUCUUCAUCGACACGGGGAUCGAAUGCUCUAUGUCCUCGAACUGGUCAUGCAUCCUAUACCAAGAGCAAAUCGUGAUACACUCCGAAGAGAGCGACGCCGCACACCAGUACUUCUACCCGAUCUCAGUGCUUCAGCAGUACGCGCGGCUGUCGACCUCGUCCGCUACCUUCGUCGCCAACAUCUCCCAACGGUUGCGGCCGGUGACGACGAUGUCAGCGCCGUUCAUCUUCCCUCCUCUGACCCGGUCAGUUUCACCUGCAAGCGCUCGGGACGAGGAACAGGGACCACAACUCAACGGCCACGCCGUCGUGGACGCACCUACGGAGACAAACGGGGACGACACGGGCUCCGGCACCGUCGCGGACGGGAACCCAUUCCCAUAUCCACCCUGGUACCCCGAGAGCGCACACUUUGUGCGGCAGUGGUGGCCGACACUCGCGUCCGUCCCGCGGCUCAGCUGCACGGUCGUGCUUCUUGCAGACCACGAGCCCGACACGCACCGGACGCGCUACGUGCUUGCGCAGCACUACUUCAAGGUUCCGCUCAUCGAGGCGGACGAGCUCGAGCAGAUGUCCGCCACAGCCGCGCAAGCUGUCGAGGCUGCCCUUAUGAACGGAUCCGCUGCCCCCUCGGAAAACGGCUCUGCCGUUCCCACCGUGAAAGCUGGCAGCGUCGACGUCAGCAAGGGCGAGGGGUCAAGCCGCAGCGCCAGCACAUCUUCGUCCGAGACCGGCGAGUGGAGUGGGACGGGGACGACGGACUCGCCUACAAAGCAGCGCGGGGCAGAGUCAUCCAUGAUGCGCCUGUGGUACGUGAGCGAGCCGUUCGAGGUCGUGUGCGUGCUCGACGGCGUCGAGGACGACGACAUGGACCCGGAUGGGGGCGCGGACCGGCCGCGGCCGCUCAUGGCGGUCGACUUCGGGCAUGCGGUGUGGAUCGAGUUCGCGUUCCCGCCAGAGGUGGACAACGAGGACAAGCGGCUGCGGUUCGUGACGUUCCCGCCGGUGACGAACGACCGCGACGUGAUGGGGUACGGGCUGGGCGGGACGGCCGACUCGCUCGAGGGCAUCGUGCGUGGAGGAAGGAGUGCGUCGGAUGUUUGUGUGCGUCAUGGUGUUCAACGUAGCUGCGAAUAUAUUUCUUGCGGACGAACGGUGCGGUGGCGGUGGGGGCGGUGGUGUGGACUCAGACUCGGCGGUGGCCUUGGCUAG